CUGUUCCGUAUUGUUAUCGUUGUUAGUGUAAACAACUUUAUGUCGUGGCCUCGGGGCCGACGUGGCUUGGUUCGGGUCCGAAUGCAUAGGGAUCUUGCGUGGCGUUCCUCGGGACAGCUGGGGUGGCCGGUUACGAUGGUCCGGGCGGGACGUUACGUGGGGAGUGAAGCUUUUCCGCGGCGCUGGGAAGAUGCAACCUCACCCUUGUACCUGCAAACAGGUCGGGUCGGAAGCUCAGCCCGACCCCUCCGACGAUCAAGUUAGAUGAUGUGGAAGGAGUUUUUUGGUAAAGAAGUGUCCCCCCCCCCCUCGUUUAGAACUCGGGGGUAUUUAUAGGGCAGUUUAGUAUUACCUGAUGUGCCUGCCUGCAGGAGGCAGGAUCGUACCUCUGAUGACGUCUGACAUCGCCCUUGUCAUUGCGUGGAGAACCGAGCUGCCGCAGGGUAUGGGCGUGCCUCGGUGGUCGUUCUCCUCUGCCUCGAUCGAGCGCGUUGGGUCAAGCAACGAUGAAGUCUUCGUCUGAGAGCGGGUGACGUCAGCGCCCAUCGUGUCGGCAUUAUUGCCCUCUUUCGGGCAGAGUGUCAUCCAGCCAUGGCUGACGUCGUGGCGCGUCAUGUCGCCAUUAUUACCCUCAUCAUAUUUCCCCCCUGAAGAAGCUAUGCGUCGGUCAUUGCAAUAGGGGGAGUCCGAGGCAUGGCUUUGUCCUUUGGUGGCGUAGUAGUCUUAGGCGACAUGAGGUCGAGCACGUCUCAGGCGGCUAGGCUGCGGCGAGGGAGGUGGUUUCGAGGGAGGCCCCGGUGGACGUCGAGGUCGGUCUUCCUCGGAAGAAGGCGAGGGUUCUUUUGAGCGAGGUCUCUGGGGCGACCACGAUCCAGCUGGCAGGGGCCGUCGUCGUGCCGGCGGGCCACGCCGGGGGGAGCCCUGGGAGAGGCGAACUGGCACCAGUAGAGAGGCAAUGGGGGAGGCUCCUCGAGGCCCCUCCAUCCGCGAACUUUGCCAUCUUCCGACCGGGGGGGAGGACGAGCCUUAUCAGAUGCGGGUGAUGGGUGAUCUCCCGCGAGGCGAGGCCUCCGACCCGCUGGUGGCCCGCUUAGAAGGCCUCUCCCGAGGCAGCCGGGUGUGGGCCGAGGGGGAUUUUGCAGCCGAGUUCGUCCGCGGAGGGCUUCAUCCCGACAUAGCUCGGGAUUUGUAUACUCUGCCCUCCGAGGUUCUUCUUGGCAAGUUUGCCAAGUCUGCCAAGUCGUUGCUAUGGGGUAAUCAUUACGCCGUGGCGCUGAUGGACCGCGUUUGCGACGCGGGGCGAAUCAUUGCCGUCCUAAGUGGCCGCAACGCCGAGCUCCGGAAACAGGUGGACGAGGUCCGCGCCGGGGGGGCUCCUGAGGCGUUCACGGCGGCUGAGCAGCGCGCCGCAGAUUCGGAUGCGGAGGCAGCGCGCCUUCGAUCCGAGCUCCAAGCAUCCGAGGAGCGAAAUAUGGAGCUUCAGACGCAUCUGAAGGCGUCUGUGGCCGAAGCUCGUUCGGCGAGGGGGGAUUCGUUGGAGUUAAUCCGACGUCUGGAGGAGGCGCGCGCCGAGGCGUGGGGGGCUUCCGAGGCACUUGACGCCGAGAUCCGCCAAAGGCCGGAAAAGGACAAGAGGUUGAUCGAGGACUACAAAGGUUCCUCGGGCUUUCAGCUUGGCCUUGUUCGGACUGGGCGGGUCUCGUACGAAUAUGGGUACCGGAUUGCCCUUGCCCAUUUUAAGGGGCGCCACCCUGAUUUGGAGGUCGCUGAGGACCCCUUUGACUCUCUUCCUGAAGACAUGAGCGUCGACAUGCCGGACGAGGUCCCUUUUGAUGACAGCCCCGACGCUCCUGAGGAAUAAAUAUCGACGCAUCUGUACUUUUUCUUUAUUGUCUUGUCGUUCGGGAGUUUGAUUACUGAUGUAAUGUGCUUCCUGAAUGAAUGCAGUCUUUUUCUUUUCCCCAGUUUGUUUGCUUGUGUCUUCUGAUGUCGCAAUACAAUUAUGACUUUUGCCAAGUCUCCAUUCACGGAAAGAACUUUUUGAGGUUUUGUGUGUUCCAAGUCCUUGGAAAAGUGUCAUGGACAAACUUUUAAACAGGAUGUUUGAUGUAAUGCUUAUGUAUGUCCGUGUCUUUUGGUAUGUUCAUGCCUUGUACAACAUGUAGGGGGACGACCGAAGGCUAAAUAGUCCCAUUUUAGUUGGGUUGGUGGCCUCUUUAGGCUUGUAAAUAAAGGUUGUAUCACGUGGACACGUACGAGAGAUUCUCGGUCUAUAAUGUAUCAUUUUACCCUUUGUUGUGCAACUGUUCAGAGCUUGUAAAGUCUGUUUGUAAUUUGCAUUGUCUAUGAAGUGUUUUUCGGAGAUGUUUGCUUGUGGAUCCCGAUUGAGGCGUUCUAUCUAACCCGUUCUCUUUUUUGUUGGUCCUAAGGGACAAUGGGAGGCUUCGGGGAGGCUGACCUUUGCGAACGGACACGCAAGGGUGUCGCACGACUUAGGCAAAACCAGGUAAGUCCGUGACAGAUGGUAUCAGAGCGGGACAAGCACUCAUAGAAACACUUAGCAUGCAAACGUGGGGGACCUAUCGGAGCUGCGUUGAGGGCAGUCAACACACGCGCGACCAUUUGGGGGAAAACGGGCAUGGAGAUGUAGGGAAAAGGAGUCGCUCGGAGGAGCGGGCAUCUGAGAUUAGCAUUCAGAGGAAUGACCAACCCUUCGCGCAAGAGGCACCACGAGAACAGACAAGCUUGGAAGAAUGUGGAGUGCACAAAGGUUAGGAUGGCUGAGUUUGAGUUAUGGCUCAACGUUGACAACUAUACUUGAUGGUGCUCAAGGCAAGCGAGGCGCUUGGUAAAGGAUGAGACCAUGUAAGGUGGAAUGAGUUGCUCAGCGAUCGAAAGAGUUGUGCAAAGCUCACAGAGGUGAGGGGAAUUGCUAACUCAAAGAAUUCGGUACUCAUGCAUGGGCUUGUAUGCGGACGAUGGAAUGUUCGCGGCCAUCCCAAGGCGACCAAAACUCGACGCCAUGGAGCAUUAAAACUUUCUCUUCGGCAUAUGAAGGAUACGUCCGUAGGAGGCUGAAGUGUGCAAUGAGUUCAUCAUGUUGCUAGGCCUUGAGUGGUGCAGCGGGGGCUGUAUUGACGUAGAGUCGCAAUCUAGCAAGUGCGUUUGCAGGA